CGAGCCAUCGCCGUGGAAAACUGCGGGGCGUGCAGCAGCGCGGCCGCGAGCUCGACGGCGGCAAGCCCUUCCCCCUCCUCUUUUAUUUUUUUAUUCCGAGCCUGGCCGCGGCUUGAAACAGCAGCAGCCCGUCUGGACUACGACCCGUGCGGCAACCUCGAGCAGCAGCAUCGACUGCCGGCUUGGAAUAAGCGUGCUGUGUUGUGCGUUUGCGAGGCCGCCGAGCGAGCGGGUUCUCGGUUUAGGCCUACGGCCGCUCUCGCAUCGUCCGUUGCCCGGGAUUUGGUGUGUGUCCUCGCGCGGCGGCGAGCUACUUCGGCGAGCAGCGGCGUCCGGACCCCUUCGCCACUGGGUGUCAGGAUUCUGUGUACGAAUGCACAUUCGGGAGCAACCCGCUCGGUGUGGAGGCGCCGUACGGCGGCCCGAUGCUCUCUGAGCUGCAGCUGCAGCCGCUGGGGCGCCGGUCGGCGGCGGCGGCGGCUGCCCCAUCCUCGGACGAGGUGGCCUCCAUGAAACCCAUGCUGCUACAGGCCGCCCAGGGAGCCGGGGGCCUGGCUGCCGGGUCGCCGCCCGCACUCUCACCAAACCUGCCCAGCGUGGUCAAGGUGGAACCCCGGCUGCCGAGCCCGUGCGUGGGCGGUGCGGCCAGCGACGGGGUGCCUCAGAAGCGCGUACGCCAGGAUGACGCCGGUGCGUGGAUCUCGUCGCCCUCGUCGCAGAUGUCGGUCGGCUCGCUGUCCCCGCCGCCGCCGCUGCUCAACGGGCUGGCCAACAGCAGCGGACUGUCGCCCGUCUCUUGCUCCAGCUACGAGACGUACAGUCCACGGGGACCCUGCAAAGAAGAGAUGAGCCCUAGCAGUGGGGGUGGUGGCAUGAAUGGCUACUUUGUGGACAGCUUCGGGGACCCCAAGAAGAAGAAGGGUCCCGCGCCCAGGCAACAGGAGGAGCUAUGUCUGGUCUGCGGCGACAGGGCAUCAGGCUACCAUUACAACGCACUUACGUGUGAAGGUUGCAAGGGCUUCUUCAGGCGCAGCAUCACAAAGAAUGCGGUCUAUCAGUGCAAGUACGGCAAUAACUGCGACAUCGACAUGUACAUGCGGCGCAAGUGCCAGGAGUGCCGUCUCAAGAAGUGCCUCAGUGUUGGAAUGCGACCAGAAUGUGUGGUGCCGGAGUACCAGUGUGCCAUCAAGCGAGAGUCUAAGAAGCACCAGAAGGACCGGCCCAACAGCACAACACGAGAGAGCCCCUCGGGGCUGAUGGCACCAUCGUCCAUGGGUGGUGGUGUGAGCCCCAGCAGCCAGCCAUUAGGUGGCGGAGGCAGCUCCCUGGGCAGCAACAGCAACCACGAAGAGGACAAAAAGCCUCUGGUGCUGAGCCCAGGUGUCAAGCCUCUCACUUCAUCUCAGGAGGACCUCAUCAACAAGCUAGUCUACUACCAGCAGGAGUUUGAGUCGCCUUCUGAGGAGGACAUGAAGAAGACCACGCCUUUCCCUCUGGGAGACAGCGAGGAAGACAACCAGCGGCGAUUUCAACACAUCACAGAGAUCACCAUCCUAACAGUGCAGCUCAUUGUGGAGUUCUCCAAGCGGGUCCCUGGCUUUGACACAUUGGCACGAGAAGAUCAGAUUACUUUGCUGAAGGCUUGCUCCAGUGAGGUGAUGAUGCUGAGAGGUGCCCGAAAAUAUGAUGUGAAGACGGAUUCUAUCGUGUUUGCCAACAACCAGCCGUACACUAGGGACAACUACCGCAGUGCCAGUGUGGGCGAUUCAGCGGAUGCCCUGUUUCGUUUCUGCCGCAAGAUGUGUCAGCUGCGAGUGGACAAUGCUGAAUAUGCACUCCUCACGGCCAUUGUCAUCUUCUCUGAGCGGCCAGCGCUGGUGGACCCAUGCAAGGUGGAGCGCAUUCAGGAGUACUACAUUGAGACGCUGCGCAUGUACUCGGAGAACCACCGGCCCCCGGGCAAGAACUACUUUGCUCGACUGCUGUCCAUCUUGACAGAGCUGCGUACCUUGGGCAACAUGAACCCUGAGAUGUGCUUCUCGCUCAAGGUGCAGAACAAGAAGCUGCCACCGUUCCUGGCCGAGAUUUGGGACAUCCAAGAGUAGUAGUGGUGGGGGGAGGGGUGACUGUACUGGGCUCUGCUGUGGACUGCCUGCAAGUGGCCCAUCUUCUGGCACUGCCACAAUGUAUAGGCGUCAUACGUCUCAUUGCCAACGCUAUUGGAAAAGGGGCUUUGGCCAAUGUUCUGCUUUCCACGCCGUCA